AAUGGGAAGAUAUACCAAAGAUAGACAUCAAAGGAAUAAGAAACAUUUAGCUAUUAUUGAAAAAACCAAGUUAAUUGUGCCAUAUCUGCUUAAUUUCUCUGAUUCGCAAGAUAUUAUUGUAAUUUGUAAUCAAUCUUUUGGAGAUCUUGUCAUUAAAGAUUGGAAUCUUGAAAUAGAAAAUUUUAGGGAAUUGUUUCAUCAAGCUACCAAUGCUGUUUCACAAGGAAUUUAUACAAAAGCAGAAUAUAUGGAUACAUUAGAAAUUACAGGUAUUGAAAUAGAUCGUAGAGGUCUUUAUACAAGAUUUAUUGAAGCUAUUAUGAAUGUUUCAUAUAAAAAAGCGUUAAAAAUUAUCAGAAAGAUUCCUGGACUUGAUAAACUAUCUCAUAGAGAAUUUACUGAAGUUAUACUCAGUAACAAGACUGAUAUUACUAUUUUACUUGCUGUCACUUCAAAAACUGAUUUCACUUCCGAAGGAAUUGUCUUUAAAGUAGAUGAUAAAGAGUCAUUUACGUUUCCCACUGAAUAUCUUAAUAAUCUGGGUGAUGAGCCAAUAUUAGAAAUGCAAAGGGAAUGCGGUAUUAGAUUAGCCAAAGCUAAUAUUAAAUUUGAAGAAGCCAUGUUUCUCACUGUAAUAAAUAUGCUAUGCACAAUCAAGACUAGUCGACAAUUUCGGGAUAUUUACGAUCGAUUCGUAUUAGCUUUUUCUAGAUAUCUUGAAGAAACUUAUGGAAAACAAUACCAUCUCAGAUUGCAGGAACUUAUUUCAGUUGUUACCUAUUUCAAAGAGGAAAAUAUUCAUGAGAAAGCAUGGUUAAAACAGAACCAAACGUAUUUAAAGGCAAUUUACAAAACACCUUUGAUGAGAGCAUUUAUGGCAACACCAGAAAUUGAUAAGGGUAUUGAACUCUUAGCCAAUUUAGAAAUAUGA